AGAAGGAUCAAAACUUUUGAGUUCAUAUCCUACUUCACUCUUACAACACGGAUACUUGACAUGGGGGUGGCACUGAAAUGUUACAAAACCCAUAAACCCAAAACAUAUAAAUUCUGUUCCUCGAUUCGCUCCUAAUCAGAAGAGUCUCUGGUUACAUUAUGGACACUUCAAGACAUUCUGAGAAAAAUGAAGGCAAGACGGCUCUUUCAUCUAAACGUCCAGUGGACAUCAGUGACUGGGACAAAGACCAUGUGAGACAAUGGAUGCUCGAGAUACAAAUGGAUGAAAGAUAUGCAGACAUUUUGUACAAUCAGGGAAUGAAUGGAGCUGGUCUUCUCCACUUGAAGGAGGCUUAUCGUUUAAUGCGAAACCUACCAUUAAAUGCAUUAGAAUUGAUUUUUCAAAACAUAGACCUUUUGAAAGAAAUGACUCAAAAGUCUUGUAGCUUGAAGCCUUACCCUUUCAAUAGAUAUGAUGCUGCGUACAGGUACACAGAAAACAGCAUUCUAGAUGUAACUGAAACUGGUCCUACAGACCUCAUACAACCGUGCCAUGAAUUCAAAGCCUUCACCAACACAAAAGAAGAAAAGGACAGAAUGGAGAAAUACACUUAUGAAGUCAUUCGAUUUGCAGCAGCUUGUAUGAAUAGUCGCACAAAUGGCACCAUUCAUUUCGGAGUGGCAGACGACAAACAUGGACAGAUUCUGGGUGUUAGCGUCCAGAAAACAGAUAAGUUCGAUGAACAGCAGAAACAUGCAAUUGAAAGACAUUUCAAAGAAAAAAAAGGUCAGAAAGAAAAAAGAGAAAAGAACGUUCAAACAGCAGAAAGAGAAAAGAACGUUCACAUAGCAGAGAGUGAACAAAAUGUUCAAAUGGCAAAAAGGUGUAUUAAACCCCCUCGAUUUGUUGAAGUUCUCAAAGCUGACAUGACAUUCUCAGGAAAAUAUGUUAUUGAGGUAGACAUUGAGCCAUCCGCCAUUGUCUGUCAAGACUUCUAUUUUAAGACUUUUGAUGUGGUCAAAAAUGAACAAGCUCAAAAGGAUGUGGUCAAAAAUGAACAAGCUAAAAAGGAUGUGGUCAAAAAUGAACAAGCUCAAAAGAAGAAAGAUGGCGAGUCUUUUUUUAUAAGAGACGGCAGCAGCAGCAGCAAGCUGGUGGAGUAUGAGAAAUAUAUUGCUAACAAUCUACAGUUGUCCAAGGAGAGGAAGGAUGCUGAAGAAAAGCAUCUCUCUGUUGUCAAAAUCCAUGCACAUGCCUCUGCAUUGAGUGAGAUGAUAACAGGAGGGACACAUUCUAUGGACUGCUCACGUUUUAUGUCGUACAUUGUGGUGGCUAACAAGUCUCAUCUUGUUCAGCUGGAGAACCUGGAUUUCCUUCGUUGUAUGAAUCUAAUGGCUGUUUUGGAUUUUGAUCCACAAUCCGCUGAGAAUGGCUUGAAUAAGCUUCUCAAAGAGAGGAAAAAGUUCAAUGAUCAUUUACCUGCUCAGUAUAAAGAUACAGGUGCAGUUGCAGACAUCGCAAGCAGCUUAGAGCGGACUGAAAACACAAGCUGGUUUUUCUGUAACGGAGGCAUUUAUGGGGAAACUCCCUCUGAUGCUGAUAAUUGGUUGACUGAGAAAGGAUCCUCUGUGCGUGAUGUAGUUUCUUUCCUGUGCCGACAAGUGCUGCCUCGCAAGAAACUUCUCGUCAUAUUCUUGUUAUUUAGUCAGGUGAGCGAGGCCAGCGACCCCUUGUUUCAGACCUUCAGUAUGUUUCAACAGGAGCUUAUGGGACAAAACCAAAUCUUAUGCAUCAGUGACAAUGAAACAUUGUACACCUACUGGAAUGAUCUCAUCAAGCAUCGACAUAAAUGUGACAUUUCAAAAUGCAUUUAUGAGCUAAGUUUUGCUGAAAUCAAUGGCACCAUCCUCAGUCUGUGUUCAGAGUUGCGCAAAUUAAUACGGUUUCUGCCUAGUUGUGGUGGCAGUAAGGUUGCGCUAUUCGAGAAAACCGAGGAAUCCUUACAUAUGCUCAGUAUUCUUUGUGUGAACCAAUGUGAUGGAGGACAUCAAGACAAACAGCUACACGAGGAGAACUUUCAUAAGGAAGGGAAGGUAUCUUGGUGGAACUUCUACUACUCAGAACAGCCUGGGUCAGCGUCAGUCAUCAAACGUGACAAGUUAGACUACAUUGUAAACACUAUUAUUCCAAAUAUGUUGCAUCAGAAGAGAGCUUGUGUGUUUUUCAACAUCGUCCAUGUUCAAGGCUGCGGUGGCACUACAUUAGCCAUGCAUGUUCAAUGGACACUCAAGGAGAAAUUCCGCUGUGCAGUGCUGAAAGACACAACAGAUGAUUAUACUACUGCAGCCAAACAGGUAGUGCAGCUACUAACAUACAAGGCAAAAGAGCAACCUACACGACUUCCUGUUUUGCUCAUGACUGAUCGCUUUCAAGACAUUCGCAAUGUAACAUCACUCCAACAUCAAAUUGAGAAGGAAUGUUUGGACCAGCACAUUUUUUCAAAAUCUCCACAAGUCAUUAUUGUCAACUGCAUGAGAGUUGAUUCAUGUGAACCAACUGAAGGAACUGGUGAUGCCGUUUUCAUUCCAAACUAUUUAUCUGAGAAUGAACUGAAACUAUUUGAUGAAAAGAUGGAGGAGUUUAAGACCAACAGAAACACUGAAACAUUUUAUGUGUCCAUGAUUGCGGACAAGUUUUCACCUGGCUAUAUUCAGCGUGUUGUGAAAAAUACCCUUAAGGACUUCAACUUUCAACACAAGCAUGCUCAACUUUUUGCUGUUCUUGUCCUCUUGCAUGUCUACUCCAAGAACGCAUUGCUGUCGGUCUCUACAUGUGAAGAGUUUCUUGGUCUGCAAACAAAAGCUGAGUCGUGUAAUGUUGAAGACGCAUUUGAGAAGUUUUCCUCUCUUUUGAAAAGAAGCACAGUUUUUUCCAAAGUGACCUUUGAAGGCAUGAUGGUGAUUCACUCAAGAAUAGCUCAACACUGUUUGGAAGAGCUUUCCGCUUCUCAUGGAGUGACAAAAGAACAAAUUGCUAACCUUCUGCUCACAACUGACUUAUUUUAUGAGAAAACUCCAGAAAAACGAAAAUUCAUGCAGGAUGUUCAAGACAUGUUGAUGAAGAGGCAAUAUUCAGCCAAGCAUGAAGACUUAUUUUUUUCACGUCUUAUCCAAGAUAUAAUGAAGGAGACCCCAGGGAUGGAAGAGACUGUUCUACUCAAUGCAGCAGAGUGCCUCAGAGAAGAAGAAGCGAUAUUCAAGCUCCUUGCCAGGUACUAUUGCAUCAAAAAACAGGAUUUUACCAAGGCCAUGGUUUGGGUGAAGAAGGCCAAAGAUCACUCAAGGGAGGACUCCUACAUAAGUGAUACAGUAUCACAGGUACUUCUGCUUGUUUUUGAAGACAACAAUGAUCCCAUCAAGCCAGAUAGUCUUGAUAGGUUUCUUACAUUGGCUGAGUCUGUAGCAGAAGCUUGCAAAAACACACAACAAACUCCAAAAGAAGAGGCCGUGACCGAAACACAAGAACAAACUGAUUACAAUACCUACAACACUGCUGGCCAUUUUGGUGAACUUCAAACUGCAGCUACAGUCAUAGAAAUACUGCAAAAAAUACAAUUUAAGGCAGGUUUUACUUACAGCAAUUGGCUUACUCACGUCUUGUUGGGUAAAAUUACCAUUAAGGAUUUGUCAAAAGAGAACCCUGGGCUUGAACUCAAGCAAUAUUGUGAUGAUUUGCAGAAACACGAGCGCUUUCUUCUCCAACUGAAAGACACGUUGAAGCAGCAUUUCGUUUUUUUCAACAAUUUAUUUGUCAACUUAGUUCCCCUUUCUGCUGGGAAAGACAAACAAAACGACCUGACAAAGUGCAAGGUUUCCAGUUACUUUCAGCAAUAUACUGAACUCUUUUGUGAGCUGGACAAGAACAAGGACGUGAACCGCACGGUUAAUGUUGAGCAGAUGCGCCAAUUUUUGGAGAGCAACAAAGGUGAUUCCUAUGCAGGCCUACUUGAGUAUUUGUAUAAGGAAGACUCUGCAUCAACUCUUGAAGAGAUCAUCCAGAUGUAUAAUUUCAUUCUGAAGUCUAAAGAGGCUAGACUGAUGGACACAGUUAACUUUAUCUACACCAAUGUAAUUCUUGCCAAAGUCGAACCUAAAUCUCGGUACAUCAUGCCCUACCAAGACCUUUGUAAUUUACUCAAUAAAACUGAUGGCUCCAUUCUGCCAUUGUACUACAUCAAAGUUUUAUUGUUAUGGAGCACCAACAAUAACUGUGAUUUACAAGAUUUGGUGUCAAAAAUGAAGGAGUCAUACUCAACUGAGCUGAAACCUUGGUCUAGUGGAAAGAAAGCAGCUGUCCAUUUUUAUCUAGGGGAAAAAAAAGGUUAUGAUGGCCUGAUUUUCCAUAGGGAAAUUAACAGCGGAUCAGAGCAGAACAUCUCAACUCAAUGGGAUGAUGAAAAUAUAUGGAGGAAAAUGAACGAGAGUAAGAAGCUUUGCAGAGUUUCUGGCAAAAUUGCCAACGAUUUGAUCAGGGUUAAAGGUGUGGAGGUUGAUCCAAUUUUCAGAAGACAGUUAUGCAAAGAAUCGGACAAAAGCGUAACAUUUUUUAUCGGCUUUUCAAUGAAUGGACCAGUUGCACUUGACAUACAUGAAAGUAGAUGGUUCAAACGCCUAAUGUAAUGGAUCAGACUGAUGACCUAAGCCAACCAAAGCCCUGUAGUCGUUCUUAGAUGUUAUUUCAGUUUGCCUCAUCAACAUAUCUUACACACUUCAAUAUAAACGAACAUUUUAAUCAUUAAUGUUGCAUGUUUUUGGGCCGUGCUUUAGCAGAAAUGCCUGAUUGUGCUUGAUGUGAAUUUUGUGAUUUUUGUCAUGUGAGAGGUUUCUGAGAGUCUGGCCAAUCUCUCUAAUGCAUUCACUUCCAGAUAGCACGCCUGUAUUGUAUUUCAAUUAUAUUGGGUUUGUUUCUUUUUCUUUAUAUACAUUUCACAUACAUCGUAAUGCAUUGUGCAUACAUUGAUACAUUCAUGUACAUUUACGCAUUUGUUUUAUAUUCUUUAUAUUUGAAUUACUUUUGUU